UCUUCCUGUGUUGCUGCUGUAUUUUCGCUGCUCGCUCGAACACUAAUGCCACCUAUACCCGGUGCAGGCCAGCUCGUAUAACCUAACAAAAAAUAUAUAUAUAUAUAUUUUAAUUUAUUUAAUGCAAGUGUCGUCUUUAGAUCCGAGAAAACGCGGAGCGCCGCGGUAGCCACAACAAAGCUGCGCCCCUGCGGUUGAUUCACAGCUGCUGAUUGUGUAGCUUAGCUUUGAUGCUAACGGCUGCUAACAAAUCACAGUAGCUCACCAUUGCGCUUGUUUGCAGGUUCAUUCAGCAAAUAACUCUAUUUGUUACCUAGGAUACUCACUACUGAGAUAAAAUGAGAUGCUAAUGGUUAUAAGACGAAGAUGAAGUCUGCUAUGACGAAGGAGAAGGAAGAAGAAGAAGAAGAAGAGUACAAUGUGAUCACAGUCAAAACAGAAUCUGACCCAGAGCAGCAGACCUCGUCCACAGAAGAAGAUGAAGACUCAAACGAGGAACACACUACCAAUGGAUGCGAUCUGAACGUUUUAAUAAAGGAGGAGCCUCAUCUGCUGGAGAUUGGUGAGGAUUACUGUGAGGACACGUCGAGCUGUUUGGACACUGAGUCUGAGGCUCUGACCGAUCGGUACCAUCCAGAGGGACUCGUCAAAACCGAGUCCGACUUUGACCUUCCUUUUGUUUGCGAUUCCGAUGGAGCUCCUGUCAAGGAGGAGGCAGAUUCGUGGUUUAAAGAGGAGAGGGAGAGUGAAGAGGAGCCUGAAGAUGGAGAGGAAGAUGAUGAUCUGGGGAACCUCCAGGAGGAAUUUGAGGAGGAAGAGGGGGUCUGCACAGAGCUGUCGUCUGAGUUUUUUCCAUGUCCUCACUGCACUGUCUCCUUCACUGACUUGGAAUAUUUGGAGAAACAUGUCAAGUGGGUCCAUCAGAAAGAGUAUCUUGCUAACCUAAAAAAGAGCCUCCCAAAUCACACCCUAAACUUCAACCCCAAACACUCCUGCUCUAUCUGCGGCUGCAACCUCAAAUCCAAAGUCCACCUCAGCAUCCAUAUGCGUGAGGCUCACCCCUCUGCCCCUCCCCGCAGGCUUCACCCAUGCCCGACGUGUGCACGUAGCUUCCAGUACCUCAAGAAUCUGAAGAACCACUGCACCCGCUGGCACAACAUGUCUGUAGUCAUCCGAGGGGGGCACCUUAGUUGCGCUGACUGUGGGAAAAGUUUCAAGGCAACUUGGGGUCAAGGACGCCAUAUGUGUCAUGAACCAAAUGUUGAAUCAGAGGAUAAACCGAUCUGUCUGGAUACCGGUUUGCCUUGUCCAGAGUGUGGCAAGAAGUUGCGUACUCCCCAGAGCCUGGGGGACCACAUGCGGACCCACACUGGGGACCGACCGUUUGUCUGCAAGGACUGUGGGAGGAGGUUUGGAGAGCGCAGCAGCUGGCGUCAACACAUGAAAAUACACAUCGGGGACAAGCCGUUUAAAUGUGACGUCUGUGGCAAGGCCUUCAUAAGGUCACACCACCUUAAGUCCCACUUAACCACACACUCAGGGAAGAAGGAAUACUCUUGCCCCGAAUGUGGAAAGGAGUUUGGAUUCAAGUCAAGUCUGGAUCUUCAUGUGAGGACGCAUUCAAGUGAGAGGCCUUUCCACUGCAACGUGUGUGGAAAGAGCUUCAACACUCGGAGAAACCUGAGGGUUCAUGCCAAACUUCACAACAAUGAGAAAGCUCACCAGUGUGGGGAGUGUGGGCUGGAGAUCAGAGAUCUUGGAGCUUUAAAAGUCCACUUACGGACACACACGGGAGAGAGGCCUUACCACUGCACAGUGUGUGGCAACAGAUUCAUUCGCCUCUCGCAUCUCAGAAACCACCAACGCACCCACACUGGCGAGAGACCAUACAAAUGUACUGAAUGCGACAAGAGUUUCAUUCAGUCUGGAGACUUGGUGAAGCACAAGAGGAUCCACUCUGGGGAAAAGCCCUUUGAAUGUCCAGAGUGCCACCGCUGCUAUACUUCCUCUGGCGACCUGGGCAAACACAGGAGGAGUCACACUAACUUGCGCCCCUACACGUGCAAAGACUGCGGCAAAAGCUUUCGCUUGUCGGGCCAUUUGAAAACGCACAUGUUAACCCAUACGGGAGAGAAGCCGUACGCUUGCCCCAACUGCCUCCGCAGGUUUGCGCGCUCUCACCAUCUCUCUGGACAUGUUGCUAAAUGUCGUUGAGCUCUUCUGAGAAGAAUUCAAAUAAGAUGGUCAUGAUUUCCAAUAAAGAAAAUCUGAGCAUACAAUCUAACACUACGUUUUGAUGAAUGUGAGAAGGUUUUAACUUGUUAAUAAUUAUUUAUAAAACACUGUAGAACUUUAGAAAUAAUUUAAUUGACUAACCCCACUGCAUGACACUUUCACAAAACCUCAAGCCUUGUUAUUUGAGAGCAUUUUGGAAGAGGUUUUGUAAGACACUACUUCAAGAAGGCUUGUGGACAUGGUAUGAAAUAGAGCUCUUUCGGAUUGUCAGACUGGUUGUUUUGUUAGGUGAUUUAUCUGUAAAACUGAAAUAAAUUAUUCAAUAAAUGCA